AUGGAUGGCUCAUCCACUGACAGAUGUGCUCUUUUCCAAUCAGGAGUUCCGCCGCUAGAGAAUGCUGAGCUUUCUGAGGACCACACGUGGAAUUUACAAGCAAGUCAUCCCCAACAUGUGCCGUGGAGCCUACCGCCGACCUAUCAAACGCCGCCGUUCCUUAAAGGCAGGAACUCAGAAUGCGCUUCUUGCCCCGACAAUAUGAUAUAUCCUGCCAUGUACUCCGGUAUAUCCGGGUCUCUCAUGGCAGACCAUUAUUCCAUAAAGUGGAUUAACUCUCCCAGAGGCGACCCGGACGAUUCAGCUUUUGCUGAAAACCUCUGCCUAGAGUCCGGCCUGUCCUUUGACCCGCGAAGCCACCUUGUGGAGUUGGACAACGUGUUCGACACGCGCUUGGCAGGGGAAUCGGCCGGGCUUGCUAGCAGACACCUAUACACGGAGACGACGGAAGAUGCUUCUCCAGAGUCUUCCAACGCGAGCGACUGGGUUCCUAGGGAUGUGUACGAGAUGGGGUUUCUUGACGAAGGUGGAAACUGGCGAUGCAGUUAUGCAGGUUGCAGAUCAGGGAGCAUUUUCCACCGCGCAUGCGAUCUCCGAAAGCAUUACGCUUCCCACACCAAAGUCUUUUUCUGCGUCCGACCUGACUGUGCCGCCCUGGGGCUAGGCUUUGCCACCAGGAAGGAUUAUGAGCGACACAUGCGCUCGCACGAGCCCAAUAUCGCGUGUUUAGAUGCCUCGUGCAGUCGAGUAUUUAGCAGAAUGGACAACAUGGUGAGACUUGCAGGUGAACCGGUAGCGGUUGGCGCAAACAAGGACCCAAGGAACGAAGUUAGCCCUGACAUGGGCCCCGUAAAGUUGGACGACGUUUGGUGGAAAGAGGAAAUGUCAAACGCCCAACAGAGACGUCUUUAG